AUGGAUAUCGGUGCUGCAAACACCGUCUGUCAAGGCUGCCACAUCUACUGGUUCAAGCUCAAGAUGUGGCACAAUGGGUCAAGUACCACCGAGACGACCACCGUCGACCGCAUCCAGGCGGCCGCCGCAGCUGGAUGCCCGUGCUGCCGCGUCGUGGCAGACGGUCUCGCCGUUAUGACACCGGCGUGGGCAGCCAAAGUGCGGAGCCAUACGAUGUCGGUGCUCUUGUGCCCAAACAGCCUUGCCAUCCGCCUCCGCGGCCGUGACAGUACGGGCGUGCUCAACAUCUAUGGUCACGCUGACGGCCCGAUUUUCAACAGCCAGUUUGCUUUUGCUCUCCGUUCCAACGUGGUGGCCAAUACCCAGAGCGAAGAUGCAUUUCGCUCGGCCAACAAGUGGUUAGAAACCUGUGCGAAGAACCACACGGGCUGCGCGCAGCCGUUCUUUUCCACGACGCCAAAUUCGAAAGCGACAUCGUCACCAGCAGACGCGUUUGUACCGACACGCGUGCUUGACGUUGGCGGCAGCGACAGCGCCCGCAUUUCUCUUGUCCAAAAUGCCCCAGCCGGUUCGCCGUACAUUGCGCUCAGUUAUUGCUGGGGUCCAGACCCGAGCGGCACCGUCACUACGAAGAAAGGCAAUGUGGCCGCCCACAUGGACCCCCAGCGCGGCAUCGAGUUGUCGACACUGCCGCGGACCAUCCAAGAUGCUGUGCUGGUAUGCCGGCGUCUACAUGUACGCUAUUUGUGGAUUGAUGCGCUCUGCAUCGUGCAAGACGACGGCGACGAUUGGCGCCGCGAGGCUGCGCAGAUGUGCAACGUCUACCAACGGUCGCACGUAACGAUUGCCGCACACCGGGCAUCUGCUUGCCAGCAUGGUUUUCUGGGGGCGCAAGAGUUUGGCAAAGACGAGCACCAGCGCGUCUUCUGGACCGAGGAGAUUGGUCGCGAGAACGGGGACGCCACGGCGCGUCGAAAGGCAAAGAUGAUUCUCCGUGCGGAAUACAAACAGAUCCACUCGCUCCCUACGGCACCGCUUGGGUCGCGUGGCUGGACGCUGCAAGAAGUUGUGCUGCCGCGACGGAUCCUGCACUUUUUCGAGUACGAAAUGGCUUGGGAAUGCCAGACGACACACCACUGUGAAUGUGGUGAGACCACCGGUUUCGAAGCGCCGCAUCUGCCCAUGCUGGGCCGCAGCCUGCGUUCUCUCGACGACGACAUAAAGAAGAAGACAUCUAACAGCAACAGCAACGAUGGUCGAAGCGUGAUCGCGAAGCUGAACUGGAUGUCGCUUGUGGAGCAAUAUUCACGACGCAGUUUGACACGCCUCUCGGACAAGCUUAUCGCCAUGGACGGCUUGGCCCGCAUGGUGGAAGGGACCAUCAUGUCCAGCCAAGGUGGUGCGCCCGUGUCUCGCCUUCCGCCACUCAGCCUCGACAACACCGUGAUCCGGACAGCCUACGUCGAAGGCCUCUUUGUCGCCGACUUCGCCCAGCAGCUGAUGUGGGGGGUGUCGCAAAACAGCCUUGCGUCGUCAACUCCACCACCAUCUGGUCCGCAACAGCCGACCACGCGACGGCAGUCUCCAGACUUGCACGCCCCAUCAUGGUCUUGGGCCUCGAUUGAUGCACCUGUGGGCUAUUCCAUGAUCUACUCGGAAGAUACGGAGAGCUUGCUCCAUGUCCACGACUUCAGACCGCACACCAUCGUGAAGACAAAUGCCAAAGUCACUGGCGUGACGCUGACGGCAACUGUUGUGCCGGCUGCCGUGCGCACAAUGGCACCUGCGGACACAAUAUCCGGUCAAGGCGGUCCAGCAAGUCGUGCCCGGCCCCUUGUGUCCCGGCCCAACAUUGUGCGCGCAUGCAAUGGCUUUUCAUACAGUGUCUUCUGCGAUGACGUGCAGACUCCUGACGUGUUCAUGGAAAGCCCUGAUUUACCGUGCUGGGUUGCAGAUGAUUCAACGCACAACACCCGCGUGCGGCAGCGGUGGCUACUCACGAACGGCAGCGCCACAGAUGUCGACACAGACAAUGGGUUGACCCGCAGCUGCCAAUACAACCGAGGUCGACACAUCCGCCAGAUCGUCGACGAGGAAGACGAACCUGGCCGAACCACCAAGGAAAGAUGGUGCAGCACGUGCCGUGUGUGGCCGAGCGACGACGUGGCAUGGCAGGAUAUUGACGCCAACAUUAUGGCGACAGCCACACCGCACACGACACUCGUCCCCGGCCUUUCUAUGCUCAUGCAAGUGUUCCGCAGACGCGAGGCUGGCUCGCACACCGUCUAUUUUUUGGCCCUGCGGCCGUCAGCAAAAGUGCCAGGUGCCUGGGAGCGAUUUGGCCAUGGGCACUACGUUACAUGGGACAAAGCAUCGCCGCACGUCGACCUGUUCUGGGGCAGCAAAGUAAGGGACCUACUUCUCGUGUAA